UUCUUCACUUCGGACUUCGCAAGAAGAAUUUGGGAUAUUGGGGAUAUUCCCUUUUUUAAUGAAGAAAUCUUCUUAGUUCUUCGUCUUCCACGAGAAUUUUGAUUUUGCCCGAAGGAAAAUUCAGACAAAAAGUUAUAAUCAAAUGUCCCAAUUCGUCGAAGGAAAGUAGGAAGCAGCGUCUCAUCUGGGUUCUGACCAGUCUUCACGAUCUGCGUUCCUUCAACUUUAACAGAUUCAACCGCGGUGGUCUAUGGAAGCUUCGAAGUUCUUAAACCCAAAUUCAAGAGGUUAAAGUUUAUCAAAUUCUAUCCUUACCUUUCUGUAUUUAAGGCCUCUCCGAUGGCCUUCUCUGCACUUUAUCCAUUACCGAAUCGAGCUUCCUUGAAUUCUUCGUCAUCUUCCCCUUUGGACUUCAGAAUACUUACUGCUUCAUACUCAUACCUAACGAACAAACGUCUAUCCCUCAGCCAAGGCAUGUCCUCUUCAUCAACUUCGUUGGCAAGUGCAGAGGAAGAGAUUCGUCAGGAUAAUAUUGAACAGCUUGAAUUGCUGAGUGGAGUUCAUGAUCAUUAUGGAGGCGUUAUUGUAGAAAUGAAGGACCCUAUAGAUCCAAAGGAAUUUGGAUCUUUGCUUAGAGCUUCAUUAUCUCAAUGGAGACAGCUGGGUAAGAGGGGUAUUUGGAUCAAAUUGCCUAUUGAACUUGCAAAUCUGGUUGAAGUUGUUGUUAAGGAAGGAUUCGUGUUCCACCAUGCUGAACCUAAUUACCUAAUGCUUGUACGAUGGAUCUCUGAAACUACCAAUUCUCUUCCUCAUAAUGCCUCUCAUCGUGUGGGCAUCGGUGCAUUUGUAAUGAAUACUAAUCGGGAGGUGCUUGUGGUUCAAGAGAUCGGUGGCAAAUUCAAAGGUUCAGGAGUUUGGAAGUUACCAACUGGAGUGGUUAAUGAGGGAGAGGAUAUUUGUGAAGCAGCAAUUAGAGAAGUGAAAGAAGAGACUGAUAUUGAUGCAGAAUUUGUAGAAGUGUUAGCUUUCAGGCAAAGCCACAACUCAUUUUUUACGAAAUCGGAUUUGUUUUUCGUAUGUAUGUUACGACCAUCUUCCUACGACAUCCAAAAGCAAGCGUCGGAAAUCGAGGCGGCCAAGUGGAUGCCCAUUGAUGAAUAUGCUGAUCAACCCUUCGUUAGAGCGAACUCGGCUUUCGAUUAUGUGGCAAAAGUAUGUGUAGCAAAGGCGAACAACGACUACACCGGCCUCUCGGCGAAUCCCACGUUUUCUUCCUCUGGUAAACUGAGUUACCUCUACUCGAAACUGAAAAUUUGAUCUCCAAUGCAGUUGACGGGGAAAGAAAUAACAUCCCUCUAACUUUUGCAUUCCAAGAAGCUGAAAAGAAUUGUGUAAAGUCUUGUGUACAGAUCAUUUGUACCUGUAAGUCUUGCCCAUAUGAUAUCUUUUCCUGUUUGGUUUUCAUGGUUAGGACAGAAUUUCUAGCACUAGCUUUAUUAUUAUUAUUUUUUUCAAAAGAAAAAAUAAUAAUUAAUAGGUUUAAUGGAUUUUUAUUUUAUUUCUUAAAUGUUGGUGGUAAGGCCAAGUGUCAUACUGUAAUAAAGAACAUUUAUUGUUAUGCCAAUUAUUUGUUGAGUUUAAAUAUGUUGCGAA